AUGGACUUGGAAAGUUUUUUGUUGGGAGCGGUGUACUACUAUGGACUGUUCAUCGGUCUCAGUAACUUUGAGUUUGACUGGAACACAGGGCGUGUAUUUACAUCAAAAAGGAGUACUUUGUACGCAAUUGGGACGGAUUCCUGUAUUUCAGUCUUAUAUAUUUAUUACUGGACCGGAAACGCAAACAUUGUUGAUGCGAUUUUUGGCAAGGCAAACCUGCUGCACGAAUACAUUGUCGUCAUAAUGACCGGACUGAGAAUUACUACUGGUCUUUUCACUCUGAUUCACAGAUGGUACCAGCGCUGCAAGAUGAUGGACCUGACCGCAAAAGUGGUCCGAAUGUAUAUGGCCAGGCCGCAGGUGAAGCGAAUGUCUCGCUGGGGCAUUCUCAUCAAGUUUAUUUCUGGGUCUGUGACGGAUGGCCUCCAAAUGGCCAUCAUCUUGAAUACCAUGGGUCGGGUAGAGCCGCAAUUCUUCCUGGGACUGGGCUUGCAGUACUGGAUAUCCGUCAUUCUCAACAUGGCUAUGGUGCAGCAAUACAUGAUAAUGCUCUUCGUUCGGACACAAUUUCAGCUACUUAACAGCGAACUGCGUCAGGUGAUGGAGGAGACCAAGGAGGUACAGUUGAACCGCCGGCAUCAGGGAGUCUUCAUGACCAGGUGUUGUUCCUUGGCGGAUCAGCUAGAGGAUAUAGCAAGAAUCCAGGACGAACUGCAGACGAUUGUGAACCAAUUGGAAAAAGUAUUCGCCAUUCGGGCGGCCAUGAUCUAUGGGGGCUACUACUUGUCGUCGGUGGGCACCAGUUACUUGGCCUAUAGCAUCCUCAAACAUGGCUAUGAGAAUAUGAACAUGACACUGAGUACUGUUAUCCUGGUGUUCUGUUGGUGCUUUUUUUACUAUCUUGAUGGCUUGCUCAAUUUAUAUGGCAUGCUUCACGUCCAAGAUGACUACCGGGAAAUGAUGCAAAUACUCGGGGAGCGGACACUAUUUGUUGGUUUGGAUGUGCGCCUCGAUGAAGCCUUUGAGAACCUUAACCUGCAGCUGAUACGAAAUCCCUUAGAAAUAAAGGUUGUUGAGUUGUAUGACGUGACCCGCAGAAGUACACUGGCCAUGAUCGGAAACCUGAUCACGCAUUCAAUAUUUUUAAUUCAGUAUGAUAUGGAACAUUUUUAA